GUCCACUGUCGGGAGACCUCCGUCUAUCCACCUGCAGAAGGCGCUUACCCGCACUACACGCUUGAGCGUCGCUGCGCACGAGUGAAUCUCCCCUCCGCCACUAAUCUCCAGGAGAACUCUUUGUUUCUAACCUCCCUCCGGGGAAAUACAGAAUCGGUUAAUGCGAUUUAGAGAUCACCUGACGUUGAAGCGGCUGCCGCAAGUUAAUGUAAAUCCAAGCUUUGUUUGGCUCUGGGAUAACCGUGCAGAUAUCUGCGGCGGAUAGACGGACACUAGUGCACUAGUGCGUGCGGAUAGGGGUGCUGAAAUGAUCUGGGUGGAUGGUUUUAAAUGUUGACCAGUUUUUCCACAAUACUCACCGGACUUUAACCAGAAGCUCCUGGAUUCUCCAUCUCCCCUGUUAACAAACAGAGGGACCAUGUUGUGGGACAAACUUUGCUGGCUGCUGGCCCUGCUGGCCUCAUCAUCCGGGGGGUUUCCCCCUUCCAGUGAGCCCCUCUCUGCUCCAAGGAUCUUUCUGUCCUUCAAAGAGUUAAAGUCUACGGGCACCGCUCACCACUUCUCCUUUUUGCUGAACUCAACCGACUAUCGGAUCCUUCUCAUGGAUGAGGACCAUGACCGAAUGUAUGUGGGCAGCAAAGAUUAUAUCCUCUCUCUGGAUCUCCAUGAUAUCAACAAGGAGCCACUGAUAAUCCACUGGCCUGUUGCUCUUCAGAGGAAGACUGAAUGUAUCUUGUCAGGGAAAGAUACCAAUGGGGAAUGUGGAAACUUCAUCCGUCUGAUUGAGCCAUGGAACCGGACCCACCUGUAUGUGUGUGGAACAGGGGCGUACAACCCCAUCUGCACCUAUGUGGACCGAGGACGUAGGUCACAGGGUUCCCUCUAUCUACAAGCAUCCCAAUCUGGAGUGAGAACAAGUCGGGCAGCAGACUACAGCACUACAUCAGAGCCUUUGGAGGCAAAGGAAUACAUUUUCCGUCUUGAACCUGGAAAAGUGGAUUCUGGGAAAGGAAAAUGUCCUUAUGACCCCAAACUCAACAGCGUCUCUGCUUUGAUUAACGGAGAGCUAUACGCAGGAGUCUACAUUGAUUUCAUGGGAACAGACUCGGCUAUCUUCCGUACGCUUGGGAAACAGACAGCCAUGAGGACCGAUCAGUACAACUCCAGAUGGUUAAAUGAUCCCACAUUUGUGCAUGCACACCUUAUCCCAGACAGUGCUGAGAAGAAUGAUGACAAGCUCUACUUUUUCUUCCGUGAGAAAGCAUCUGAGAUGGGCCAGAGUCCCAUGACUCAGUCCAGGAUAGGACGGAUUUGCCUGAAUGAUGACGGUGGCCACUGCUGUCUGGUAAACAAGUGGAGCACAUUUCUGAAGGCUCGACUCAUCUGCUCGGUGCCUGGAGCUGACGGCAUUGAGACGCACUUUGAUGAACUAAGGGAUGUGUAUAUUCAACCAACUCAAGACACCAAAAAUCCUGUCAUCUAUGGAGUUUUCUCGGUUUCAGGAUCUGUCUUUAAAGGCUCAGCAGUGUGCGUCUACUCCAUGGCUGACAUUCGUAUGGUCUUCAAUGGGCCUUUUGCCCACAAGGAAGGGCCCAACUACCAGUGGGUGGCGUACACUGGGAAGAUUCCCUAUCCACGACCAGGCACUUGUCCUGGAGGCACUUUCACCCCCAACAUGAAAUCCACAAAGGAUUACCCAGAUGAGGUUAUCAACUUCAUGAGAAACCACCCCACCAUGCACAAUGCUGUAUACCCGGUGCACAAGCGCCCCCUAGUGGUUAGAACCAACGUAGACUAUGAGUUCACCACCAUUGCCGUGGACCAGGUGACAGCUGCUGAUGGGAGCUAUGAGGUGCUCUUCUUGGGCACAGAUCGGGGUACAGUUCAGAAGGUCAUCGUCCUGCCUAGAGACGACUUGCAGACAGAGGAGCUGGUCUUAGAGGAAGUGGAGGUCUUCAAGGUUCCUACACCAAUUACCACAAUGAAGAUUUCAUCCAAACGGCAACAGCUAUAUGUUGGAUCCGUCUUGGGUGUGACCCAUCUGGCUCUCCAUCGUUGUGAUGUGUAUGGGGAGGCUUGUGCUGACUGUUGUCUGGCCAGAGACCCAUACUGUGCCUGGGAUGGCAAAUCCUGCUCCAGAUACUCAGCCUCACAGAAGAGACGUAGUCGUCGGCAAGAUGUAAAAUAUGGCAACCCAAUCCGCCAGUGCAGAGGCUAUAACUCCAAUGCCAACAAGAACACCCUGGAGACAGUUCAGUAUGGGGUUGAGGGGAGCACGACAUUUCUGGAGUGCCAGGCCAGGUCUCCUCAUGUGUCACUCAAGUGGCACCUGCAGAAGGAAAACAGUGACAGGAGGAAAGAGAUACGCUCAGAGGGCCGCAUGCUGAGAACAGAACAAGGGCUUCUGAUCCGCUCACUGCAGUCCUCGGACAGCGGCAUCUACCAGUGCACGUCCACAGAGAAAAAUUUCAAACACAUGCUGGUCAAACUGCAGCUUGUUGUCCUCUCCAGCCGCACAGUCAACAACGUGCUGGUGGAGACAGGCAGCCCAGCCCUCACUCCACUCCAGUCCAGUGCCUGGACUCCGAGUGCUGGCCAGUAUAAGGACCUGCUAACCAUCCUGAGCCAACCGGAGAUGGGCCUGAUCAAUCAAUACUGCCAGGAUUACUGGCAGCUUGGAGACAGCAGCCUCGGGGACAAAGCCAAAAGCCUGAAGGAGCUGAAAGAACAGAAGAAGCCUCGCAACCGUCGGCAUCACGAUGAGCAAACACCUCCAGCUGAGACAUGAGCAGGACCCUAACCUUUUCACACAACCUCCCAGACACUGCAACCCUUCAUUUAGGGGAAUGACUCCAGUCAAAAGAUACAAAAAACAUCAAAUUAUCAUAAUUAACAAGACAGACACUACAACCAAGAGCAACGGCAUCAAACUGUUUUUUUAUGCAACUGUUGGAAAAAUAUACACAAUAUUUAUUGUAGGUUGUAAAAAGUAAUUCUUUGUACCUAUCUAGAAAACAUGUUUUUUGUGAAUAGGUAAAUCUGUGCAAAUAUUGUUGUUAUAAUAUUACUGUUAGUGUUAUUUGUUUAUUAAAAUGUGUUAUUAUGUUGAUAAUAUCUUUAUGUUUGGUGUUGUUGAGACACAGCAACAAUAGCCCAGGACACUGGGAGUAUCCACGCAGGGACAAGGACCAA